AUGGCCCCUCCCAUCCCGCUCCCCGGCGCUCUCUUCCCCAUCCUCAGUGCUGAAGAUGUGAUCCUCGGCUGCCAAGCGAUCGAACUGCACCUCUCGGAAGCGGACCUGCGUCAACCGAGUUCGUUGCUCGUCGAGAAGAUCUGGGAUCGGUGGUCCGAUCGUUUGUUAGGGUACACGAGUGAGACCUCCAAUAGGGUCGCGUUGGAUCAGUUGGAUAAGAUGGAUUAUCCUGUGAGUACAGAUACGUGUGUAGGGUGAACGGAUACCUUCCGUGGUCCAGACUCGGCGCCGUGUUUGGCUGCGAGGUCCAUCAUUCAACUCGCUGCGUCGUCGCGGGAGGGAUGAGCACGCAUACGCUGCCAGCGCACACUAAGUUCUCCGGUAUACUGACCCGACCGGUAUGAAAUCAACAAUCAACCAGGAAAUCUAUGAAAGCGCCAUGAAGUCACGCAUGUUCUUCCGCAUGGUGUAGGCUACCCCCUUGCUCCCCCGCCUGCUUACAGCUCCCGAGACUCACGCGCCGCCUCCUUAUUCCCCCCCCGCCCCCCACUGCCCAGCCAACAACUGACCGACGCGGCUCAAAUCGAACGCUUCAGUCUCAGCGACGUAGCCAACCCUCAAUCCGGACGUCUCAUCGAUGCUUUAUCGGGUAUCAUCAAUUUCUGGUACUUUGAGGAGGAACAGGCAGAGGAUAUCUUGCAGCCUUUGAUUGAGGAACAGAAGAUUAUGCGCGAGCAAGAGAUCGAGUUGGAGACGAGGUCCAACGAGUUGAGGCUCAAGAUUGAGCAAGAGAGGUGGGUGACGAGACUGCUGUUGUGUAGCAUGGAAAGGCUCAGAACUGACCUUGCCGGGUUGCGGUAUCGCAGGGCCAAACGACUCGAGAACGAACCCAAGGUCACGCAGGCCAAACUCGAGAUCGCGCGACGUCAACAGGACCUCCAAGCGCAACAGAGGGAAGGCCACAGGCUCGAGGCCCAGAUGAAGGAGAAGAAGGCCGCCGUCAUUGGGUUGGCGAACCAUCUUGUACGUUGCAGCCGGCAUAUUCUGGACCUAUGGAUGUACUGAUCCAUUUGCUAUCUGCGAAACACAGAUGGAACUCUCGAAAGAACAAACCCGUCUGCACUCCAAGGUCAACCGCCUCCAAUCGCAAAUCGUUCGCUCUCCCGAAAGGUUACGUCAAUCUGUCGUUUCGCUUCGAGAGGACUUGGAUCGCGUCGUCGGCGAAUUGAGGGCGACCGAGGCCAAGGCGCAUCAGUUGUCGGGCAAGAUCUCGAGUUUGCAGAAAUACAAAGCGGUGCGUGAACAAUGACAGCUGGUAAAGGUAUUUCUUUUUGGUUGCACACUGUUCUAAUACGGUGGUCUGGUCACGCACAGGAUCUCGAAUCGUGCAAUACGAUAGCGAGGGAUUUGGCGAGCGAUGUGGCCAAAAUGUUGGACGGUCAACAACGGUUAGCCAAGCUCGAGGAGGAAUGGUCCAAAGCCGAAGCAGCGCGAGAAGGCUACGAGGAGACAUCGAGGGUAUGUCCCAACUCUCCAUACCCCCAUCUCUCGGAUCACCGCUGAGCAUUGUCCUCUUCCCUCUCCUUAGAACUCCGAACGUCGUCUCGAAUUCCUGCGGGACAACUGCUCCAAGUUCGACGAGAAGACGCAAUACAAGCGUGAAGCGGGCAAGACCAAGAAGAAGCGUUUGGAAGAGGAGUGGAGUAACCUCAAGCAAGAACGAGUGGACUUUGAUAUGAGGACGGCCGAAGUCAAUCGGAGGGCAGUGGAGAUUGAGGCGACGGUGAGUCGACGUCGCCCGGAUAAAAGGCUCGCGAAAACGGAAAACAUAACUCAUCGACCGUCCUCUUGUCUGCAGAUCAAAUCAAUCCACAACGAGACUUACGCCGUAUUGGACAAGAGCGAAGCUUUGUACCGCGAGAUGGUCGAUUCGGUCGGGUUGUACAGCCUUCAAGUCAACAAGGCGAUCGACGCGAUGCACACCGCUUGUGCGACGAGGAUGGUGUUGUAA